GGGACCUAGGAAGUGGAUCGAUCUUCUCCGUCGAUCCAGUCGCCGUGAACCUAAUCCGACGGCCAAUACCCCCAACCGAACGGUGGAGCUAGUUCUUCAAAAGACGCCACCGGUACCACGCGCUCUCAAUUCUCUUACUCGGAAAUUCCCUGUGUUUGUUCCCAUUUUAAAGCCUUACCUACCCACAAAACGAGAGAAUUCCAUUUGAAAUUGCUUGAAAUUUCAUUCAUAGGAAGAGAGAAUCAUGAGUUUUGAUCUUGAAUCGCUCUCGGAGGCCACUUCCGGUGCGAUCGGUUCGCUCGUCAGCACCACCGUCUUGUACCCACUUGACACUUGCAAGUCCAAGUACCAAGCCGAGGUUCGAGCUCAUGGCCAACAGAAAUACAGAUAUCUUUCAGAUGUGUUGUGGGAAGCAAUAAAAAACAAUCAAGUUCUUUCGCUGUACCAGGGACUAGGAACCAAGAAUCUACAAUCUUUUGUUUCUCAGUUUUUGUACUUCUAUGGGUAUAGCUACUUCAAAAGACUAUAUCUGGAAAAAACUGGGGCUAAAUCAAUUGGAACAAAAGCAAACCUGUUACUUGCUGCUGCUGCUGGAGCUUGCAAUGCCAUUUUAACUCAGCCUUUGGAUACUGCUUCCUCGAGAAUGCAGACAAGCGCCUUCGGAAAAUCGAAAGGGCUUUUCAAGACCCUGACAGAGGGCAGUUGGAGUGAUGCAUUUGAUGGACUUGGAAUUUCUUUGCUGCUCACUGCAAACCCUGCCAUUCAGUAUACAGUAUUUGAUCAGCUGAAGCAGAACAUCCUCGAAGGAAAAAAGAAUAAAUCAGAACAAGGUUCACCUCCAGUAGUUCUUUCUGCUUUUACAGCUUUUGUAAUAGGUGCAAUUUCGAAAAGCAUUGCCACCGUUUUGACAUAUCCUGCAAUCAGGUGUAAGGUGAUGAUCCAAGCUGCACACGACGAUGAUACUAAAGAAAAUCGUUCAAAGGUUCGCCGAACAGUUCCAGGUGUUGUUCAUUCUAUUUGGAGAAAGGAAGGGAUACUAGGUUUUUUCAAGGGAUUGCAAGCACAGAUCUUGAAGACUGUACUUAGUUCAGCUCUUCUUUUGAUGAUAAAAGAGAAGAUUACUUCAAGUACUUGGGUUUUAAUACUUGCAACCAGAAGGUAUCUAUUGCUUACUAGACCUAAACUUAAAAGUAGCUGAAGGUGUUCAAUAAAGGCCAAAAACCUGUGAAGAAGAAGAAGCAAUAACAUGGGAAUAAGCACCAUUCCCAUGGAAAUAAUGCAAGCUUUUUGAUCUUUAUCAAAAUAAUGAUGGGUAAAUUGCUAAUUUGGUCCUUAAGAUUUGGAGAAAGUUAAAAUUUAGUCUUCAUGGUUUAUAAUUAGAAUUUAGUCUUCUUCAUGGUUUAAAAUUUGAAUUCAGUCUCUAUCGUUUGAUAAAAGUUUCAUAAAUAGUUUUAAAAGAUUAUUUACAAAGAAUUUAUCAAACUGUAGAGACUAUUUAUGAGGUUGUAUCAAAUCAUAGGGACUAAGUUAUAAGUUUCUCCAAGUCAUAGAGUUCAAAUUUACAAUUUAACUAAUAAUUAGCAUUUUACGAUGAAAUGCAGAAUAUUUUGUUAGAGGGGAUUCUGUUUAGUUAGAACAUGACUGUAGCCAAUGCCAUAAGUCAAUUAGUAGUCCAUGUAAGUUAGUUUGUAAUCCUACAUUUCUUUCCAUAUAAUUUGCCAAUGCCAUAAGUCAAUUAGUAGUCCAUGUAAGUUAGUUUGUAAUCCUACAUUUCUUUCCAUAUAAUUUUUGGUGAAAUAUCUUUUUGAUCCUUAAAUUUUGAU